AUGGACACCUUGCCUUCACACUUACAGCUCAGCGGCUCGGCCGCAGUCGCGGGUGUUUUGACACAUCUCCUUUAUUUCAUUCGAGGGGAACAUCAUGUUCAUGCCCCGAGAAUCGUCCAGUUUUACAUCUUUUUGACAGCCAUUCUGGCUGGACUCAUAUACCGAACGACAGGAUAUGAUAUACUCACAACUGCCAUCGCAACCAGUAUUGUCGUAGUGUCAUACAAUACUGGUCUAUUGGGCAGCUUGUUCACGUAUAGGGCGUUCUUCCACCGCCUGAGGGAGUUCAGCGGACCGUUCCAGGCACGACUGUCGAAUCUCUACCAUGCAUCGCUGCUGAAGAACUCGGACAACUAUCGCAUCAUCACUGAGAUGCAUAAGAAAUACGGGCCUGUGGUCCGAACUGGCCCAGCAAACCUUUCUGUCAACAUUCCCGAAGCGGUGCAGUUAGUCCUUGGAUCUGAUUCGAAGUGCUCAAAGACUGCUUGGUACGAUGCCUCGCUUCCCCUAGUUAAUUUACAUACCGCCCGCGACAAGAAAGUCCACGAACGCAGACGCAAAGUCUUCUCAAAAGCCUUCUCUCCCAAAGCCCUCCUCGAAUACGAGUCGCGAGUCUCGGUACACUCAGAGCUGUUCUGUCGUGCUAUUGCCGGGAUGAAAGGUCAACCAUUUGACGCGACACGCUGGUUCAAAUAUUUUGCAUUCGAUGUCAUGGGGGAAGUUGGUCUGAGUGAGAGCUUUCGAAUGCUUACCGAGGAAACCAAUCGCUGGAUUCCAGAUCUGUUGGAGGACGGCAUGUCUGACAUUGCCCAAUUACAGCCAAUCCCCUGGGCAACGAUUCUGCUGCACCGCCUUCCUCUUAUUGCACAUGGCCCAAAGAGAUUCUUGGAGUUUGUCACGGAGCAAGCGAAGAGGCGAGCACAGAGAUCAGAUGUCAAACCUGAUGUGCUUUCCUAUCUUGUUGAAGCGUACGAGCAAAGCGAAAAGAAGGAUAUAGACUUUCAGUGGUACAGAGGAGAUACGCGUCUCGUGAUUGUCGGGGGCUCAGACACUACGGCGGCGACCUUAACGUACAUCUUCUACCACCUGGCUACUGAUCCCACCCAGAUCACCAAGCUCCGGGCUGAGCUCGAGCCGCUACUGCAAGGAAGAUCUGAGCUUGAUCCUAAGGACGUCAAUGCCGCAAAACAUCUGAAUGGUGUCAUUCACGAGGCUCUGAGACUGCAUCCGCCGAUCCCGUCAGGCUUUCCUCGCUUGACUCCCCCAGAAGGUAUCACCAUUAACGGCACAUACAUUCCAGGAAAUACCACUGUUGUCCUUCCACUCUGGACAAUGGGGCGCUCCGAAGAAUGCUACCCUCGAGCUAAUGAGUUUAUACCCGAGCGUUGGUACUCUCAGCCAGAGCUUAUUCAACACAAUGUUUUUGCUCCUUUCGGCCUCGGGCCAUAUGGUUGCAUUGGUAAGCACCUUGCCAUGAUGGAAAUUCGCAACAUGAUCGUCCACAUUCUCAGCAACUUUGACGUCAUUGAGCUUGCUCCUGGAGAAGAUGGCUAUCGUUUGUUGAAUGAGUCGAAAGAUCAUUUCACCAUCGGACUUCAGCCGUUGAUGAUGGUCUUCGGUAAGAAACAACAGGUCCAGAACAGAGGCGAUGUUGUCAAAGGUGGCUGA